UAUUUUGAAACAUCAUGGCGGCGCACACGGCUCCUGCAGCUAUCAGAUGCUCAAUUAAGUUUUUCCUAAAUGACUCUCUUCUGAUCUCGAAGAAAAUCUUCCGACUGUCAGCCAGCUGUAGGAGACAAGGUUACACCAGUUGGAGAACCUGCAGUUCAUCUUCAUCCUCCUCCUCCUCCUCCUCUGACUCUCCAGCUGCAGAUGCAUGUGCCAUCAGUGACACUUUGAAACACUACGAUUACCUUGUUCAGUGUGACUCUCUGAGGAAAGAUGUUCUGCAGAGAGAUGUGAUUAAGCAGCUGGCUCAGCUUCAGCACACCCUGAAGAAUUACAGCAACUCCAUCUACUUGAACCCAGCUCCACAGAGUUUUAAGCCUAAAGAGGAAAGCAAUCAACUCCAGAAGGGAAGCAAAGGUGGAGAGGCUUGCAAAAAGGAGGAACUUUCUCCACCUCCUCCACCUCCUCCUCCUCCUCCUCCUCCACCCAAAGGCUUCUAUAUCCAUGGAGAUGUUGGCACAGGGAAGACCAUGCUCAUGGACAUGUUUUACUCCCUUGUGGAAAACCCUCGUAAAAAGAGAGUCCACUUCAAUGGCUUCAUGUUGGACAUCCACAAAAGGAUCCAUCGGAGGAAACAAAGCCUGCCAAAACGAAGGCUAGGGAAAAUGUUCACCUAUGACCCCAUAUCGCCGGUUGCCAUGGAGAUCAGCAGUGAAACCUGCCUCCUGUGUUUUGACGAGUUUCAGGUUACCGACAUCGCUGAUGCCAUGAUCCUGAAGCAGCUGUUUGAAACUCUGUUCAAGACUGGAGUAGUAGUGGUGGCCACCUCCAACCGACCCCCCAAUGAUCUGUACAAAAACGGACUUCAGAGGGACACCUUUCUACCUUUCAUCGACGUGCUGAAGGAGUACUGUCACACCAUCCGCCUGGACUCUGGGAUCGACUACAGGAGGCUGGAUAAGGCUGAGGCAGGGAAACUCUUCUACCUCACAGGGGAACCUGGUGCUGAGGCCCUCUUGGAUGCGCUGUUUGAGGAGCUCGCCUUAAAACAAAAAAUUGUGCCGGGCCCAAAGGUGCUCACGGUGCUGGGCAGAGAGGUGACUCUGGAAAAGACCUGUGGAUCCAUCGCUGACUGUACUUUUCAUGAGCUGUGUGACAGAGCUUUAGGUGCCAGUGACUACCUGGAAAUGGCUCGGCUCUUUGACACCGUGUUCAUCCGUCAUGUUCCUCUGAUGACUCUGAAGCUGAAGGACCAGGCCAGGCGCUUCACCACCCUCAUAGACAACUUCUACGACAACAAGGUGAGGGUGGUGCUGCUGGCAGCAGCUCCUGUAGAGCGGCUGUUUGUUUACAGCGGAGGGGAAGACGAGAGAGACCGACAGCUGCUGGAUGACCUGGGCCUCAGCGGGGAUGCAGCGGAGCAUCUGACUCUGUUCACAUCUGAGGAGGAGAUCUUUGCCUUCCAGAGGACCGUCUCCAGACUGACCGAGAUGCAGACAGAGCCGUACUGGAUGGAGGGAGACGGCAGACGUAACAAGAAACACAAGAACACUCAACAUCUUCUGCUGACUGACAUAAACAUACACCUCCAUACAACACAGUACCUCACUAACGACUGACGCUGCAAAACAGAGUUUGAGAUUGAACAGAAUCAGAAAAGACCCGCAGCAGUUUCCUCCAUUACAUCUAAGAGACACUUGAUACCUACAGAAAUGUAAGCCUAUCAAACACAAUACCUGCUUUGGGUUAGUAUCUAACUUCCUUCCAUCUAAUGCAUAUAUGUGUUAAAGAGUUUUCCUCUUUAGUCUUUCUCUAUGAGGUGUGCUCUCUCCCCCUUGUGGACCCUUUAGUUUGAAGAACAUGGAAAGCUCUUCAGCGAGAGUGAAACACAAGACAAACAGGUGCCUACUUCAGGGAGAGAUAGAGGGCAGCUUCCCUUAGAGUGAUCGGAUACCGCCCUCUAGUGGGUGAACGUGACUCUCCCUGUCUUUAUGAAAUAACAUCCAUCUCUGUGUGGUUUUUGAUUACACUAUCAUGGUAUGAAACCUAAUUCAGGUUUAGAAUUAUUUGAGUGCUGUUAAUCCAUGUAUUCAAUUAGUGAAGUUAUGGGAAAUGGGAAGGCCUGUUUUUUGUAACUGUAAGACCUUGGAAAUAAGUCGUUAUGUAGUCCAGGACUGAAACAGGAUUGUUUGUGUUUUUAACAUUGUCCUUAUGUCAAAAUCAGAAAAUUGCUCCUCUCAGAUUUGCUUUUCAUAAUCAACUGUUGUAUGCAAACUUUAUUACAAGGGGGUCUUGAAUCCAGACUAUUCAAAGUAAUGUCAUGUGGUUGUACUGAUAAUUAAUUAACAUUAGAAAUGAAUUACUUCAUUUUGUAGGAAGAGAGGUAAGUACAGCCUCUUAUAUGGAGAAUUGUAUUUAAUUAAGGCCAAACAAUACUAAAUAAAUGGACCAUUAUAAUAGAAAUAUUGUGUUUUCAUAAGCUCCAAAUUGCCCAAGAAAAAGUCACACCUGAAACUUCAUACUAAAACUGUGUAAUAAAUUUAAAGCAUUAUUUCAUUUUGUAAGCCAAACUAUGAA